AUGCAGGUGCGGUUGAUCGGAUAUAGCAUUGAGGGCUCUCUUUUCCUUGUCUAUGAAUACAUUGAAAAUGGAAACCUAAGUCAACAUCUGCGUGGUUCAGGUAGUAGAGAACCACUACCAUGGGCUACUCGUGUGCAGAUUGCUUUGGAUUCUGCCAGAGGCCUUGAAUAUAUUCACGAGCAUACAGUACCUGUAUAUAUUCAUCGUGACAUAAAGUCAGCAAAUAUAUUAAUAGACAAAAACUUCCGGGGCAAGGUUGCUGAUUUUGGACUGACCAAACUCACAGAAGUUGGAAGUUCAUCACUUCCCACUGGUCGUCUUGUUGGAACAUUUGGAUACAUGCCACCGGAGUAUGCUCAAUACGGGGAUGUUUCUCCCAAAGUAGACGUGUAUGCUUUUGGAGUUGUUCUUUAUGAACUUAUUUCGGCUAAGGAAGCAAUUGUCAAGACAACCGAUUCUGUUGUCGACUCAAAGGGCCUCGUAGCUUUGUUUGAUGGAGUGCUUGGCCAACCGGAUCCCACGGAAGAUCUCCGCAAAUUAGUUGAUCCAAGGCUUGGGGAUAACUACCCAAUUGAUUCUGUCCGCAAGAUGGCACAACUAGCCAAAGCAUGUACCCAAGACAAUCCCCAACUCCGUCCAAGUAUGAGGUCUAUCGUGGUUGCUCUGAUGACACUUUCUUCAACAACAGACGAUUGGGAUGUUGGCUCCUUCUAUGAAAAUCAAAAUCUUGUCAAUCUUAUGUCAGGAAGAUAG